AAUUGAGCAUUCGUAGUGUGAUCAGUUUUUAACCAAUCAUCUCAGAUCUGUAUUGUCACGUGAUAAGAGUCUGGUUGCGCAAGUGACUGAGAUUUUAAGUCCCCCAUUUUAACCGUACGUUACCGUGUUGGCCUGAUUUCAUCGUUGUGUUAAAUAUUAUAUGAGAGCUCUAUCUUCAACAGACCACAGACCGCGAAUUAAGGCAUCAAGGCACUCCUGCUUUUCGACGAGCCUUUUUAUGACUUUUGAUUUAGAGACUGCAGCCAGUGAAACUUAUCACAACACUCAAAUAAUCAGACCUGAUCAUCAUUGUAUGCUGUCACAAUCUAAUCGGGGAUCAGAAUGGCAACUCUCAACAUUAAUCGAAGUGUCACUGACAUGUUCUACAGAUACAAGAUGCCGAAAGUUAUAGUAAAGGUAGAGGGGAAGGGUAACGGUAUCAAAACCAGAAUAGUUAAUAUGAGCGACAUAGCUAAAUCCCUCGAUAGACCUCCCUCAUACCCUACAAAGUACUUUGGGUGUGAGCUGGGAGCCCAGACCACGAUAGACCACAAGACAGACAAGUACAUCGUUAACGGCUCCCAUACCUCCGACAAGAUGCAGGACAUCUUAGACGGAUUUAUUCAGAAGUUCGUACUUUGUCCCAAGUGUGAGAAUCCUGAGACUACACUGACCGUACACAAGCAGAGCAUAUCUCAGCGCUGUAUGGCGUGCGGUGAGCGGGGUGUGAUCAAGAUAGUACACAGACUAACCCAGUUCAUCUACAAGAACCCCCCCAAUAGCACUCCUGUAGAAAACGGAGCUGGCAAAAAAGAGACAAAGAAGAAUAAAGGCAAGAAGGGUAACAAAAAGGAUAGUGACAGUGAUGACGAAAAAGGAUCUAACAACGACUCAAUAAUCGCACAAAACUACGUAGACGCUGACAGGAAUGGAGACCAGGACAGUCCUCCACCAGUUGCAGAAGACCAUGAUGACGAAGAGUGGGCGGAGGAGGCGCAGGAAUCCCCCGAACUGGAACAGCAACUCUCCUCCAUGACACUCAGCAGUAACACCAGCGAGCGCAGCCACGAGGAGAGACUCGAGAUGUUCUUCAACUUUACAGAGAAUAAGAAGCAAGGAGGAAACAUAGUAAGUGAGCACAAGGAACUGUACGGAGAGGCUGAGAAGCUCGAUAUUGUAGACAAAGCUCCAUCCGUCCUGACGGAGGUGCUACUCGGAGAUAACAUCCUCCGUGAACUUCCUACCUACCGCAACAUCUUCCUCCGGUUCUGUAUAAAGAACCCGAGAUCCCAGAAGUGCCUGCUCCAAUCUCUGGAGAUGCUGAUCUGUAAAAGGUAUCCUGAGACUCUGCUCCCAAAAACAGCUCACAUUCUCAAGGGUCUGUACGAUCUAGACAUCGUAGAGGAAACUAUCAUCAUCGAAUGGCAGGAAAAGAUAGAGAAGAGCAGUAAGAAGCGGCUUGGAAAGGAAAUGUGUCAACAGAUACACAACAAAGCGGCUCCCUUUAUAAAGUGGCUGAAAGAGGCUGAGGAAGAGAGUGGUAGUGAGGAUGAGAGCGACGAGGAGGCUGAACCUGAGGUUGAAAUCGAAUACUCAUAUCAAGCAACUAGCGGACUUCAAGAAUCUAAAGUCAAGCCAGCAGUUGUGGAGGACGACGACCUGGAUAUUGAUAAUAUCUAGUCGUAUCCCGGAUUAUAUCUCGGAUAUCCCAUUGUAUCCUUGAUACCGGAUACCGGACACAAUGAUACCGGAUUUGUCGUUCAACGGAGAAACUGUCUGGCUUAUAUCCUCUAUGUUUACAUGUCUUAUGAUUAGCGAGGUUUUAAGCAAAAAUGUUAGCUUAAUUACUACUCCAUGUUAACAAUGUUAACUGAGAUGUUAACUACGAUAUGAUAUGUGUGAUUAAUGAAUGUUGCUAUUGAUCCGAGUGCCGUCUGUCCGUUCUCAACUAAGGACACACAUACCUGGUCGAUUACAAUGCAGCCGAUCAAAUGUGCUGAUCUUCACCCUUAGCUUAUUAAAAAAUGCUAAAGCUUCUCAAAUGUGGCCUGAUUUGUGUCGUUAGUUGAAAACGGCAAUGCUCUCUCUUUGACCC